CCUGGCGGGCACCAUCGGCGGCUGGGGCCCGGCCGACGUCCUGAAGGCGCGCGCCGUCGCGGACAAGAUCGCCCAGGACGCGCCCAGGUGCGAGGAGGACCUGCCCGAGGUCCUGCGCGCUCGCCGCAAGAUCAUGGCAAGCGCAUUUCCAUUGUGGAAAGAGCUGGGCCAGGACGGGCUCAAGCUCAUGGACAGCGCGAAGGCUUUCGCGGACGAGACCCCGUACACACAAUGGUCCAACAUCCUUGCCAACAACACGGCGCCGAACACCGUGCCGAGGUCCCGGAAGAUCGCUGCGAUGGCGGAGAAGGGCGACGACAGGGCCUGGGAAGAGUUGAAGGGGAUGGCGGUCACCACGUGGGCGCCCUCUGGCACCGACGCUCUCGCCCGCUUCCUCGCCUCCUUCAUCCGGCGAGCUGGCUCGUCGAAUUGCCCAGUCAGCGCGCGGCUGCUAGCGCCGCUCCCUCUUCGACCUGGCAUGGAUACCGCGGCAGAUCUUAUGGGGCUCGCAGUUUUCAACCUGGGCUUCGCUGGGCCGAAAUUCACCCCCAGGGCCGUGACCUUCAACGCGGCCCUCCUGGAGCUGGAAGCGGUCUCCGGCACGACGGGGGACGUGCUCGCCGCGAGCAUCGCAACAUUUUACGCCAUCAUGCAGAAUCCGCUCUCGAGCAACAUCCAUUGCCGACCUCCACAGCGAAGCGGCGCCAGUACGGAGGAACUCCCACGGGUCACCGUCGACCUCCUCUUCCCCGAGGGC